GUCCCCUUUGCCCUGGCCUGUGUCAGUCAGGGCCCCACAUGUUGCUCAGCUGCUGACUAUAGCCUGUGUAAUUCCCAGUGCCUGCCUCAGUCCCCAGAGUCCUGGGGUUCCCCUGGGGUACACAGGCUGCUUUCCUAGCACCUAAUGUGUGUUAAAAGGGUUUGCAGAAUGACUGCUAGCCAGUGCCUGGGGGCUUGGCCAAAGGCAGAGGAGAAGCGAUUAAUGCAGCAAAUCUGCUGUGCCAUGUUUAAUAAAGGGCCUAGGAGAGGCCUGUGUCUCUUGUAACAGGGGGACAGUUGAGGCAUCAGUCUGCACAGUGAGCUUCUGUGGAGGCUCCCUUGGCCAGGACAAAGGAUUAGUCACCUGGUAGCACUGGACUUCCCCACAGGCAGCUGUCUGGGAAGUGUGCCCCAAGCGGGUAUCAGGAACAUUCCUACCUGAACCAUCCCUGAAGGAUUCUCAGGCUGCAGGGGUCACAGCCUUCUUGCCUCAGCACCCAGCACUGGAUGUGUAGUCCCACGCACAUAUCCCUCAUUGGCUACAACAGUUGGGGACCACAGGACUUUGCCAAGAUGAGGGGUCUGUGUUGCCAACUCAGCUGUCAAGGCCCUGCAACAUGGCCACAGCACCGCAGAAAAGCCAUGACCGAGGAGCUCUCUCCCUUUGCUAAGUCUUUUAGCAGAGGAAGAUGCUGAAGUGUGGGCUCCUGGGCCAGGGUGGUACUGAGAUGAGAUGCAAGGGUCUGCUUUUGGAGGGUUUGAGAGGAAGGCACAAGCUGGGGGAUAGGGGCAGCCCUGGAGCUCUGACUGUACAGAGGGACAUGUGCCAGCACAAUGAAGGCUCAGCAGCUGGCAGGGCCCAGGCAGAGGCAGCCCACGACCUGAAGGGGACAAGGUAGGAAGGGACAGCAGCAGCACUGCGGAGAGGCUAUGUCCCUGCCCCUGCCCCAACUAGCAGGUGUCCUGGGCAACCAGGGUGGUUCCUCUGUGACUGCUGUGGAACCAGUGGAACCCGUCAGUGUGCACCAUGCUGUGCUGCCUGCUGUUCCUCGCCCUGCUGCUGCAGGCUGCCCUGCCACAGCCUGUGCCCCAGAGGGACAGCUACUCAGUUCCUGAGGAUUUCUCUGCUCCCCUGGAGCUUCCGCAGAAGCACUUUGGCCUGGUGGAUGAUUAUGGCAUCAAACCCAAGCAGCCUAGCUUCAGAACCCAGGUGGCCCCGGAGCGGCCGGCGGAGCUGCGCAGGGCUGGCAAAAGCAAGCGCGACGGGCUGGACUUGCUGGAGUACUACGAGGAUGGGCGCCUGUGAGGCAGCGUGCCCCUGUGCCUGC